AUGGAGGGUCUGGGAGAAGCUGAGCUCUGCUACCCUCAUCUCCUGAACUCGUCCUGCAGGGGCACGAUGCCUCCUAGAACCAAGGCCGUCAUCCUCUACGCGCUGCUCUCCUUCAUCGCUAUGCUCACUGUGACUCUUAACCUGCUGGUUAUCAUCUCCAUCUCCCACUUCAGACAGCUUCACAGCCCCACCAACCUGAUCCUCCUCUCCCUCGCCAUCUCUGACUUCCUUGUUGGGCUGCUGGUGAUGCCCAUUGACACUAUGCGUUUCAUAGAGACUUGCUGGUUGCUUGGUGACCACAUGUGUGCUGCGUCUUACGUUAUCGGCUUCACUCUCACCUCAGCUUCGGUGGGAAACAUGGUGCUCAUAUGCAUCGAUCGUUAUGUUGCUAUUUGUCAUCCUCUGCAGUACCCCAACAAAAUCACUCACAGCAGAGUUCAGGUGUCUGUGUGUCUGUGCUGGGCCUGUUCACUCUUCUAUAAUGGGCUGAUUUUAACAGACCAUUUUAGGGAGCCAGACAGGCAUAACUCCUGCUAUGGGGAGUGUUUGGUUGUGAUUAGCCACGUCUCCGGAGCUGUCGACCUUGUGUUCACUUUUAUCGGCCCCUGCGCUGUCAUCCUAGUUCUGUACAUGAGAGUGUUUGUUGUGGCGGUGUCUCAGGCUCGUGUCAUGCAGUCUCAUAUUUCAGCCGUCCCCAACGGCACCGUAAUAGUCACAGCAACGAAAUCAGAGAGGAAAGCAGCCAGGACACUGGGUAUUGUGAUUCUUGUGUUUCUGCUGUGUGUCUGUCCUUUUUACUAUCCUUCACUUGCAGGACAGGACAUGUCAAACGGUGCCCCAUCUUGGGCUUUUGUGUCCUGGCUGUUGUUUUUUAAUUCUUGUUUGAACCCACUGAUAUAUGCUUUUUUCUACCCGUGGUUUAGAAAAGCUAUCAAGUUCAUUGUCACCCUGAAGAUAUUUGAGCAAGACUCCUCUCAUGCAAAUAUAUUUUAA